GGGUGCACCCCGUGUGGUCGCGCGCUGGUGUUCUUUCGGACUAACGCCAUUACGCAAAUCCCAGGUCCUCGGCACGGAACACUGUCCGACGCCUCUCUUCAUGGUACAAAUCCGAAUCAUCAUUCUCUCUCUUACAAAAGGUUUUUCUCUUACACCUUCUUUUCCUCUUGGAUCUGCUGGGCGGAGUGGGGUUUAAGUAAACCUUGCCUCAAUUCCUUCUGCACUUCGAUUCUCAAACAAUGAAGCAUAAGAGCGAAGCUCUACCCCCCAAUAAGCUUAUGAAGUAUGCUCUUAUUGGGCUAAUCGUUUUUCUCGGGUUGAUUUGCUUGUACUGCGGAUCCUCCUUCGCUCCCGGCCUCCCCAGAGCCGCCGACGCCGCCUCCGACGACGGCGCCGAUCCCGUCUUCGGCCGCUUCGUCCCGAAGGACAGGGAUUUGGAGGAGUUGUUCGAGGACCAAGAGCGCAAUCCCGAAGUGCCCAAAACCAUACCCGUGUGUGAUACGAGAUUCUCGGAAUUGAUACCUUGCUUGGAUAGAAAUCUUAUAUAUCAGUCGAAGUUGAAGCUCAAUUUGACGUUGAUGGAGCACUACGAGCGGCAUUGUCCGCCGCCGGAGCGGCGUUACAAUUGCUUGAUUCCACCCCCGAUUGGUUACAAGAUCCCUAUGAGAUGGCCAGCAAGUAGGGAUGAAGUGUGGAAGGCAAAUAUACCACAUACACAUCUUGCAAAAGAGAAAUCAGAUCAGAACUGGAUGGUUGUCAAUGGGGAUAAGAUAAAUUUUCCUGGUGGAGGAACCCAUUUUCACUAUGGAGCUGAUAAGUACAUUGUUUCUCUUGCAAGGAUGCUUAAUUUUCCCAAUGACAAACUCAACAAUGGUGGAAAUAUCCGCAAUGUUCUUGAUGUGGGUUGUGGGGUUGCAAGUUUCGGGGCCUAUCUACUGCCCCAUGACAUCAUAGCUAUGUCACUUGCACCUAAUGAUGUCCAUGAGAAUCAAAUACAAUUUGCUCUAGAGAGAGGAAUCCCGUCAACACUUGGUGUCUUGGGAACGAAAAAGCUUCCAUAUCCAAGCAGAACAUUUGAGUUGGCACAUUGCUCCAGGUGUAGGAUUGAUUGGCUUCAAAGAGGUGGCAUUCUUCUGUUGGAACUUGACAGAUUACUAAGGCCAGGAGGGUACUUUGUGUACUCUUCUCCUGAAGCAUAUGCGCAUGAUGUCGCAAAUCGUAGAAUUUGGAAUGCUAUGUCUGAUCUUCUGAAAAGGAUGUGCUGGAGAGUUGUUUCCAAGAAAGAUCAGACUGUUAUAUGGGCUAAGCCAGUGAGUAACAGUUGUUACUCGAAAAGAGAUCCUGGGACUGUACCCCCUUUGUGCAGUUCUGAUGAUGACCCCGAUGCAACUUGGAAUGUGCUCAUGAAGCCAUGCAUCUUCCCAUACCCUGCAAUGAUGCAUAAGCGAAAGGGAAGUGGAUUAAUUCCUUGGCCACAAAGGCUAACUACUGCACCCCUUCGCCUGGAGGAAAUUGGUGUCAGUUCUCAGGAAUUUGAAGAAGAUACUAGCAUAUGGCAUUUUAGAGUGAUUGAGUACUGGAAACAGAUGAAGUCAGUUAUAUACAUAAACUCUUUUAGAAAUAUCAUGGACAUGCAUUCAAACCUUGGUGGAUUUGCUGCUGCACUCAGCGAUAAAGAUGUGUGGGUGAUGAAUGUUGCUCCCAUCAAUGCAUCUUCCAGAUUGAAAAUAAUUUAUGAUCGAGGUUUAAUUGGAACAGCUCAUGACUGGUGUGAGUCGUUUUCUACAUACCCACGUACCUAUGAUCUGCUUCAUGCCUGGACAGUAUUUUCAGAGAUAGAGGAACGGGGUUGCAGUAUAGAAGAUCUGCUAAUUGAGAUGGACAGAAUGUUAAGGCCAUAUGGAUUUGUCAUCAUAAGAGACAAACCCUCUCUUGUAAAUUAUAUACGGAAAUUCUUGCCUGCUUUAAGGUGGGAUGGUUGGUUAUCGGAAGUUGAACCAAGGAUUGAUGCUCUAUCUUCAAGUGAAGAAAGAGUUUUGAUUGCUAGAAAAAGGUUGUGGGAGGAGGGAGUUGCUGCAAUAUGAACAUGUUUUCUUGAUCAGGUAUAUCAGCUGCCUGUUACCACCCUUGAAGUGAAGUUUGGGCUGCAACUAAUGCUCGUUACCAUUUAGGAUUUUUUUGAGAUGCAGAUGGAGUAUAACAUAGAUAUACAUAUAGAUAUACGACCCUCAACAGCAAUGAUCCUCAAGGAAAAACCAAAUCUACUACAGGCAUCACAAAUUAUUUAUUAUUUUUAAAAAAUAUUUAUUGGAGUGUUCUUAUAGGGUAUGCUUCUAUGGUGACCUUGGAAACUGAGGGAACCCUAAACAGAAACUGCAUUUUCAGAUGCUUUAGCCUACGUCGUGGCAUGCCUGACUAGUCUGCUAGCUGUUUCUAUUGGAAUGUACUUGUAGGAUAUUGCCUCACUGGGAUGCUCUGGUGCUGGAGCUUCACACCUUAGCCAUAAAUUUCAAAGUAUAAUGGACUAUCUUAACCAGCAAUAUCUAUAGAACAUUUUUUCCUAAGUUGUAAUGAAAUGUUUAUGUGCAAUUUUGAUUUUCCUUUUAGCAUUUUAUUCUA